AGGCGGAGCCGCGGGGCUGAACUGUCUCCUCAGAGCGCAUUGACAGCGCGGGAGGCUCUGCAGCCGGUCCGUGAGUGGUUAAUGUUUCACAGCGGAAUUUAAUGCUAGUGCAAGCAGAAAAUAUCUGGGAGAACGAAUUGCCACUCUGUGUGAAAACCAGCAACCAUGUCUACAACAAAUGGUCACCAUGUGAGCAAAGAAGAAUGGGAAUCGCACAACAAGAUGAUGCUGGCGCCGCUGGAAGUCAGCGACUCAGAAGUGUUCUCCAUUAUUAAAAAAGAGAAGCACAGGCAGACGUACGGUUUGGAGCUGAUAGCAUCUGAGAACUUUGCCAGCAGAGCUGUUCUUGAAGCUCUGGGUUCCUGUAUGAACAACAAAUACUCCGAGGGCUACCCUGGCCAGAGGUACUACGGUGGUACGGAGCAUAUUGAUGAGCUAGAGAGACUUUGUCAGAAGAGGGCACUGGAGGCCUAUGGUCUGGACUCAGAGAAAUGGGGUAUCAACGUUCAGCCAUAUUCAGGCUCACCUGCUAACUUUGCCGUCUACACGGCGGUUGUGGAGCCCCACGGCAGGAUCAUGGGGCUGGACCUUCCAGAUGGAGGUCACCUGACACACGGCUUCAUGACUGACAAAAAAAAAAUCUCUGCAACCUCCAUCUUCUUUGAGUCCAUGCCAUACAAGGUCAAUCCAGAAACUGGCUACAUUGAUUAUGACAGGCUGCAAGAAAAUGCACGACUCUUCCACCCCAAACUCAUCAUUGCAGGAACGAGCUGCUAUUCCCGCAACCUUGACUAUGCCCGCUUGAAGCAGAUUGCUAAUGAGAAUGGUGCCUAUCUGAUGGGAGACAUGGCUCACAUAAGUGGAUUAGUGGCUGCCGGAGUGGUGCCCUCACCCUUUGAGCAUUGUGACAUUGUUACCACGACAACACACAAGACACUGCGUGGCUGCCGUGCUGGGCUUAUUUACUACAGGAAAGGCGUGCGGAGUGUGGAUGCCAAAGGAAAAGAAACUCUCUACAACUUGGAGUCUUUGAUUAACCAAGCUGUGUUUCCUGGACUGCAGGGAGGACCGCACAACCACGCCAUCGCAGGUGUUGCUGUAGCUCUCAAGCAAGCCAUGACACCAGAGUUUAAGGCCUACCAGGUGCAGGUUCUCGCUAACUGCAGAGCUCUAUCCAGUGCUCUCGUUGACUUUGGCUACAAGAUUGUCACCGGCGGCUCUGACAACCAUCUGAUCCUCCUGGACCUGCGCAGCAAAGGAACCGAUGGAGGACGAGCUGAGAAGGUCCUGGAAGCAUGUGCCGUUGCUUGUAAUAAAAACACUUGUCCAGGCGAUAAAAGUGCCUUGCGCCCUAGCGGUCUGAGGUUUGGCUCUCCAGCUCUUACCUCCAGAGGCUUGGUGGAGAAUGACUUCAGGAAGGUGGCUGAGUUCAUUCACAGAGGUAUCGAACUGACCGUGGAAGUGCAGAAAAGUCUGGGUCCCAAAGCCACUCUGAAGGAGUUUGUUCAGGCUCUAUCCCAGGGAGAGAAGUUCCAGCAGCGGGUAGCUGAGAUCAGGGCUGAGGUGGAGGCUUUCGCUGCUCAGUUCCCAAUGCCAGGCCAGCCCGAGCUGUAGAGGGCAGUUCAGACCGAAGGCAGCUGAACAGAUGAUAAUAUGACAGGAUAUGAUGCUGUUAUUUUAUUUUUAUUUUUUUUAACUGUGAAAUCUGUCACUACUCAAAUCACUUCUCAUCACAGCUGUCAUUGAUACACGAUUCUUCUCUAAGAACAGAUUUAAUGUUUUCAAUUUUCCUCCAGUGUCAGAUGUUUCAAUCAUAUUUAAGCUUUAAUCUUCUCAGAAAUCUAAUUUUCUUUUGUGUUAAGUUUACAGUUCGGAGGUUUUCUAGCACGCCGCCACAGAUUCAAGUACAAAGUAAUGUAAUGUAAUGGAAUACAUAUACAGUUUUAAAAAUUAAAUAACCAAAUUACAUUUUGAAUAAAAUAAGAAUGAAAGAAACAACA